CAACAACAAGAACAACAACAACGACGCUAUCAGCGCGGAGACAGCGACAGUUCCUUAGCACGUUUUAACCCAGACGACGGCAUUUGGAUUCGAUAUUUGCAACCGACAAGAUGUUACACAUUAAAUGCAAAGAUACUAAUCUGGAUCCGAUUCCUGUCAAAAUUGGCAUCAUUGGAGGCUCUGGCCUGGAUGAUCCAGACAUUUUGGAGCAGCGGCAGGAGAAGGUGAUAGAUACUCCAUACGGCUCGCCCUCGGAUGCGCUGAUCGAAGGUGAAAUCGGCGGAGUUCAGUGCGUGCUCUUGGCACGUCAUGGCCGCAAACAUGAUAUAAUGCCAUCGAAUGUCAACUAUCGCGCCAACAUUUGGGCUCUUCGCCAGGUGGGCUGCACACACCUGAUUGUGUCCACAGCAUGCGGAUCUCUCAGAGAGUCUAUAAAGCCAGGAAAUCUGGUAGUGCCGCAUGACUUUAUAGAUCGCACCUCGAAGCGAAUGCAGACGUUCUACGAUGGCGCACACGCUGGUAUGAAUGGCGUCUGCCAUUUGCCCAUGUAUCCGGCCUUUUGUGAGCGAACGCGUAAGGUUCUCCUCGAUGCGGCCAAGGAGCUGGAGUAUGAAGCUCACGAGAAGGCCACCAUUGUGACGAUUGAGGGACCACGUUUCUCAUCCCGCUCCGAGAGCAACAUGUUCAGACAGUGGGGCGGCGAUCUAAUCAACAUGACAACUUGUCCAGAAGUUGUGCUGGCCAAGGAAGCUGGCUUACUCUAUGGCUCGGUUGCAAUUGCUACUGACUACGAUUGCUGGCGUAUGGGUUGCGAGGGAGUCAAUGUACAUGAUGUGCUCAAGACCUUUUCCGAGAAUGUUGUCAAGGUCAAGAAGAUUCUCGUAAAUGCCGUUGGACGCAUUGCCAAGGAGGACUGGUCCGAGGACAUUUUAAAUGCCAAGCAAUGUGUAUGCAACAAUACCAUGUCCGGUGCCAUGUGACGCUUUUUAAAGCUCUGCACCGAAAUUACCCGAGAUACAAUUAGGCGCCGCAAGUCACUAAUGACGUCAAAUGCUAAUUGCAAGCACUACAGGAAGCAUAUACCAAAACUUCACUCCAUAUCCAUUGCUUAUGAACUGGAACCAGCCAGUGUCUGCGAAGAAGCCACUGGAAAACCAAACAGGCAAAGUCCUACAGAUACUUAGAUACACUUAAACAUUUCGUCACUUCGAGUACUUUUAGCAAUAUACAAUAUAUAUUAAGCUUUUGACAUGUAUUUAGCAAUUUGGACAGAUUGCUGGGCCAAAAUUAAUUUCUCUCCUAUCGAAUCGAUGAAUAAAUAUUAUCAAAGUAAA